GUGGAGCGGCGCGGUCGGCUGGCCGGCGCUGAGCUGGGGCGGGGUGGAGCCGGGCUCGCCAGCGCCUCCGUGCGGCCGGACGCGGAGAUGCCGUCGAAGAUGGGGCCCGGGGCCGCGGCUCCCGCCCCGCAGCCCGCCCCGCAGCCCGCCCCGCAGCCCGCCCCGCACGGCCCCCGGGGACGGUUCAGCGGGCUGUGCUGGGCGCAGGUGCAGCGUCUCGAUGCCAUCCUCAACGAACCCGUGCCCAUCCACGGCCGCGGAAACUUCCCCACGCUCACCGUGAGGCCGAGGCACAUCGUGCAGGUGGUCCGGAGCCGCCUGGAGAAGCAGGGGGUCCCCGUCCACAACGUGCGCCUGAACGGGUCGGCCGCCAGCCACGUCCUCCACCAGGACAGCGGCCUGGGCUACAAGGACCUGGACCUGAUCUUCGCCGUGGACCUCCCCGGCGAGGAGACGUUCCAGCUGGUCCGCGACGUGGUGCUGGACUGCCUGCUGGACUUCCUGCCGGCCGGGGUCAGCAAGGAGAAGAUCACGCCGCUGACCCUGAAGGAGGCCUACGUGCAGAAGCUGGUGAAGGUGUGCGCCGACGGGGACCGCUGGAGCCUCAUCUCGCUGUCCAACAACCGCGGCAAGAACGUGGAGCUGAAGUUCGUGGACACGCUGCGCCGCCAGUUCGAGUUCAGCGUCGACUCGUUCCAGAUCGUGCUGGACUCCCUGCUGCUGUUCGCCGAGUGCUCGGACGCGCCCAUGAGCGAGGCCUUCCACCCCAGCGUGACCGGCGAGAGCAUGUACGGCGACUUCGGCGAGGCCCUGGGCCACCUGCGCCGCCGGCUGAUCGCCACCCACCACCCCGAGGAGAUCCGGGGCGGGGGGCUGCUCAAGUACUGCAACCUGCUGGCCCGGGGCUUCCGGCCGGCCCCGGGCACGGACGCCAAGGCCCUGCAGCGCUACAUGUGCUCCCGCUUCUUCAUCGACUUCUCGGAGCUGGCGGAGCAGCAGCGCAAGCUGGAGUGCUACCUGCAGGACCACUUCGCCGGCCUGGAGGACAGGCGCUACCACUGCCUGCUCACCCUCUACCGCGUGGUCAACGAGAGCACGGUCUGCCUCAUGGGCCACGAGCGACGCCAGACCCUCAACCUCAUCGCCGCCCUGGCCCUGCGCGUCCUGGCCGAGCAGCGCCUGCUGCCCACCGUGGCCAACGUGGCCUGCUUCUACCGGCCGGCCCCCUUCGCCGGCGAGCUCGGCGGCAGCUACUACGUGGCCCAGGUGCAGCCGCUCCUGCCCUGCAGCCGCGCCUACCCCACGUGGCUGCCUUGUAACUGAGGGGGCGGCGGGCGCGGGGGGCCUGGCCGCCUGCCGGGGUCUGGGCCUCCCCGUCCGUGCCCGUCGACACCACUGUGCUGUAGUCUGUUUA